UCUACUUUCGAUGGAGUUUCUUCAAAGCCAACUAAACGUAAAGACAACGAAGACAAUCAUGAUUGGUUUGUCGAUGUUAUAGAUCAACAUCAAGUAACAAAAACGGUUAGAAUGAAGAUCAGGGAUGUCCAUAACAUGGAAAAGGGAUUGCGGAUAAUUGUAGAAUGCGAUGAAUAUGCUGUACCUAUUGGAAAAGCAGCCGGCAUAAUUGCAGGAGUUAUGGGGCAGCUUGCCACAAAUGCUCUGUACUUUCCAAUCAGCUUUAAAAAAUGGCCAGACAUGCCAGAUUCUUACUUGGAUCGUGUUUUUGAUGAAAUCCUAAUGGCUCGAUUUCUCUUUAUGAUUGAUCAUCAAAAAGCAAAAAAAUGGGCUGGCAGUAAUCUUAACAAAAAGUGGAAGGACCACAGGCAUAAAUUAUGGCAUGCCGCGAAAAAUCCAUUAUUGAGUAAAGAAGAGAUCAUUAGAAAAUCUCCGAAUGGCAUACCCAUGGAUCAAUGGGCACUGUUUGUCAAUUAUCGCAUGGACGAGAAAACACAAAAACUUUGCAAGAAGAAUCAACAGAUUCGACAAAAUCAAAUUCCUCAUACCGGAGGUGCUAAGAGUUUGGCUAGAAGAAGAGCUGAAAUGAUGGCAAAGGGAAAAGCUGUUGAUCGAGGCAAAAUGUGGACUGAGACUCAUAAGAGAAAGGAUGGAAGUUAUGUAACUGAGGCGGCUAGAGAGAUUGGGGAGAAAAUUGAAGAAAUUCGAAGUCAAAGGCCAGAAAGUAUUGUCGAAGUUUCACCUAAUGAUGCUCUUGGCAUAGUACUCGGUCCCGAACAUCCAGGUCGUGUUCGAGGGUUAGGCUUGGGUGUUGUUCCAACUAUGGCAUUCAAACAAACAUCUAGGAGAUUUAAGCAUGUUAAUGUGAGUUCAUCUAGCUCUAGUAAUCCAACUCCAAAGUGGCAGCAAGAGAUGACGAGUAUGAAAUCACAAUUAAAUGCGCUACUCAGCUUAUAUCAAAAGAACAUAGGAAACAUCCCUGAAGAGUUUGCUCACUUAUUUCCACCUCCUCCACAGGCAUCAGAUUUAGAAAGUGGUGCUCAUCAGUCACCAAUCAGACCAACCAUCGAUUAGAAUCUUCAGAUGAAAGUAUAAAGGAUGGAGGACUAAGUAUAAACUGGAAAUCAUUUUUAGUAUCUUCUUUUGGAUAUUCUUUUUGAAUGACACUUGAAAUUAGUAUUUUGAUGAUGUAAUUUUGAAGUUUUGAAUAACACUUGAAAUUGGUAUUUUGAUGAUGUAAUUUUAGAGCUUUGAAUAACACUAGU